CUGUCUGUCCCACUGUUCUCAGUCGCUGGGUUCCAGUUUUACAGUCAAUGCAAGCUGACUUCUCAUCACACAUGAACAGAGUGCAGAUGGCUUUUUAAAGACUAAAGACAUAAAAGUGUCAACUCAUUACAUUUAUUUAUCACUGUGGUUUUGAUAAGAACCAGAUGUGAAUCUUCCUCUGCUCUUUACUCAGUGGGCGUCAUGUUGACCCAAAUCUAACCCCAUUCGCAUCCUACCUUUACCUUUCCCUCCCAUCUCCCCUCCCCACACCCUUCCCCAUUCUUCGUCAUGACUAGUCUGAAGCGCUCUCAGACAGAGCGCUCAGUUGGGGGAUCGGUGCCGGCUACUGAUGAGUUCUAUACUCGCCGCCUCAGACUACCCAAUGGAGGGGCACCGCCACCUCGAAGCGAAAGUGCCCACAUCUCCUCUGCUUCAACAGCUGGCACCAACCCUGGUGUCCCCAAGAUGGGGGUUAGAGCUCGUGUGGCUGACUGGCCCCCAAGAAAAGAUGGAGGAGGGGGAGGUGUUUGGCACAUCACGGUGGAGACGGACUCGCCUAGUUCUACAAACACCACUAGCUCUUCGGGUUCAGGAAGUGGAGACAGAGAAAGGAUCCUUGGAGGAGGAGGAGGAGGAGGAGGUGGAAGUGGUGGAUCAGGUGGUGGAGAAAGGGGAGGAGGAGGAAAUGUGUCAGCUGUCACAGCCCACAGCAAUCUCUCUGCUAAGUUAGGACACCUGAUAAGCCCACAAGACUCAUCAAUGCUACGCAACAUCCAGAAUACACUCAAGAACAAGAUGCACAGCAAAGGAAAGGACAAUCGCUUCCUGUCACCUGAUGGUUAUCUGGGGUCCCCUCGUAAAGGGAUGAGACGCAUUCGCCAGCGUAGUAACAGUGAUAUAACAAUCAGUGAGCUGGACGGAGAGGGAAAUGAGGGCUGGUCUUUCUCUGGAUGGACACCCAUGCACCGUGAAUAUGGCAGCACCUCUUCAAUAGACAAGCACGGUGUCUCAGGAGAGAGUUUCUUUGACAUGCUGAAGGGAUACCAGUCUGCUGAGGCCCCCGAUCAGAGAAGCCCAGCUCCAGAAAGACUGUCAGAACUCCUAACUGUGGCCCCCAUUAAACAGGCCGCCCUGGACCUGCCUGAUGGUCCAGCACGAGGCAGUCCUGCCAGUCGACUGAAGGAGCGGGAGAAGCAUUUAAAGAGAAGGUCAAAGUCAGAAACAGGUGGAGAGUCUAUAUUCCGCAAGCUGCGCAGUGUAAAGGUGGAUGGUGACACAUCGAGGGCUGGUUCAGAUGCUGAAGACGGGGGGAAAGGUGAUGAAAGUGGUCCACCUCCUAAACCAUGGGUGUGCCAAAAAGGCUUUGCCCAUUUUGACGUCCAGUCUCUACUUUUCGACCUCAAUGAGGCAAUCCAAAACCGUCAGUGUGGCUCUAAACGCAAGAACACCACUACCGGUGCCUCGGCCGCCGCCGCUGCUUCAGCCACAUCCUCUCUUUCCUCCAACCAGAGUGGAAACUUCGGCUCCCCUUGUGGCUCACAGGAAGAGCUGAGCAAGGAGGGUACUGGAGGGCAUGGUACCAACCCUGCAAUGGACCCUGGAGAUGAUAAGAGCAAUGAUUUGGUUCUUAGCUGCCCUUGUUUUAGAAAUGAAAUUGGGGGAGAGGGUGAGAGGAACAUUUCACCUGCUAAACAGCAGGGCAGCAUUGGUAGUGGAGGGAGCUCCAGCAGUUCCUCUGGUAGCACAGAAGAAGGACCCCUGGAAGCCACUCUGACUACCCAUUUCACUAAUGCAGGAGUGGCGGUGUUGGAGGCUGCUAAAGAUGGGCAAAGUCACCAUGCUGACAGGUCCAAAAGAUACAUAAUGGAACACGUUGACCUUGGUGCCUAUUAUUACAGAAAGUAUUUCUAUCUUAGAGAGCACUGGAACUAUCUGGGGGUAGAUGAGAACUUGGGCCCAGUGGCGGUGAGUCUGAGGAGAGAGAAGCUGGAGGAGCACAAGGAUCACGGCCAGCAGUAUAACUACAGGGUCAUCUUUAGAACGAGUGAGCUUAACACCCUGCGUGGUUCCAUUCUUGAGGACGCUGUGCCAUCGACAGCAAAGCAUGGUCUUGCCCGAGGUCUGCCUCUCAAAGAAGUGCUGGAAUAUCUGGUCCCUGAGCUCAAUGUUCACUGCCUGCGUCUGGCACUCAACACGCCUAAGGUCACGGAUCAGCUGAUGAAGCUAGAUGAGCAGGGGCUGAGUUUCCAGCGGAAGGUGGGGGUGAUGUACUGCAUGGCAGGCCAGAGCAGCGAGGAGGAGAUGUACAAUAAUGAAGCAGCCGGUCCUGCGCUGGAAGAGUUCCUCCAUCUUUUGGGCGAGAGAGUUAGGCUCAAAGGUUUCAACAAGUAUCGAGCUCAGCUGGACACCAAGACGGAUUCAACAGGCUCCCACUCCUUGUAUACCACCUACAAGGAUUAUGAGAUCAUGUUCCACGUGUCAACAAUGCUUCCCUACACACCCAACAAUAAGCAACAGCUGCUGCGGAAGCGGCACAUAGGGAAUGACAUCGUAACAAUCGUGUUCCAGGAACCUGGAGCGCUUCCCUUCACUCCUAAAAACAUUCGCUCUCACUUCCAGCACGUAUUUGUGAUUGUGCGGGCUCAUAACCCCUGCUCUGAAAACAGCUCCUACAGUGUGGCAGUCACCCGUUCCAAAGAUAUGCCCUCGUUCGGCCCCCCUAUCCCAGAGGGCGUGACCUUUCCCAAGUCAUCUGUGUUCAGGGAGUUCCUGCUGGCCAAAGUGAUUAAUGCUGAGAACGCUGCCCACAAAUCCCAUAAAUUUCGGGCCAUGGCCACCCGAACACGCCAGGAGUACCUGCGGGACCUGGCAGAACGCCACACCACCAGCACCCCCAUUGAUCCAUCAGGAAAGUUUCCUUUCAUUUCUUUGGCUCAUAAAAAGAAGGAGAAGACCCAGCCAUAUGAAGGAGCAGAGCUGCGCAGCCUCGGGGCGGUGACCUGGCCAGUUUAUGCUGAAGAUCACGGAAACGGAGGAGAAAUCGAGGCCCUCUUGGCUAUUUCCAAUGACUUUCUGAUUCUGUUGGACCAGGAGGCCAAAGCUGUGGUGUUCAACUGUGCUACUAAGGAUGUGAUUGGCUGGACACUCAGCAGUCCCGCUUCCUUAAAGAUUUUCUAUGAGCGGGGAGAAUGUGUGUCUCUGAGGAGCAUCGGCAAUAAUACAGAGGAUUUCAAAGAAGUGAUCAAACGUCUUGAGUUUCUUACUAAAGGCUGUGAGACAACAGAGAUGACGCUUCGCCGAAAUGGUUUGGGGCAGCUUGGCUUCCACGUUAACUAUGAAGGCAUUGUGGCAGAGGUGGAGCCAUAUGGAUACGCCUGGCAGGCGGGACUCCGUCAGGGCAGCCGAUUGGUCGAAAUCUGCAAAGUCGCUGUUGCAACUCUGACCCACGAGCAGAUGAUUGACCUGCUCAGAAAUUCGGUGACAGUUCGUGUUGUCAUCAUCCCACCACAUGAUGAUGCAACUCCACGCAGGGGCUGCUCAGAGCUCUAUCGAGUGCCAGUGUCUGAGUACAAAGGCAGCAGCACAGACAGCGGCUCCUUUGAGUACAAGUUCCCAUUCCGCAGCAACAAUAACAAGUGGCAGAGGACAUCCAGCAGCCCUCAGCAAUCCCUGACUGCUUCACCACAGCCGCACACACCCAACCGAGCCGUCAGCCUGGGCAGCUCGGUGGGAAAGACCCUUUCCGCUGAGAGGUUAGAGAGAGGCGCUGCCAUUCCACGCAGUGUCAGCAGCGACGGUCGACCUCUGGACUCCAAGAGGAUGUCUCCUGGAAGUGAGAGCUACAGCCUGGCUUCCUCCUUGGCUUUAGGUCGUUCUCCUCACAACCGCAGCUCUCCUAGCAACCUGUCAUGUUCUAGUGAUGCUUCUGGAAGCUCUGCUCACUGGAGGCAGAAGUCCAUGCCUGAACAGUUUGCAAGCAGCCGACAUUCUCCUAUGUCAUCAGAGAGAAGAGAGGUGGCUGGAGAGGGUGGCUCCAGCGGGAAAUCCACUCCCAACUGGUCAAGAAUGGAGGAGGGUGGAGGUGAACGGGGGUCAACAGAGGCCCCAGCUUCCAAGUCAGGCCAGAGCUACUCUGGAGCUCCUCGUAUCCAGAGGCAGGAACAAGUCAUCCACCUCUCACCAAAGAAGGGUAGCCAGUCAGAUGGCCCUUACUCUGGUCACUCCAGCAGUAACACUCUGUCCAGCACCGCUUCCAGUGGUGGCCACAGUGACAGUGACAAAUGGUAUGACCUGGGAACAGGAGGAGGGUCCAGCGGCGACCAGGGGGAGCCGGAACCAAACGGCCUGGGAGGAGGAGGCUACCUCCAGGGUGCCUCAGCCGACAGCGGAAUCGACACUGGCUCUUACGGAGCCUCCCAUCAUUCCCAUCCCCAUUCCCACCAUGGCAGCACUGCCUCCCUGCUGGCCCCCAGUGGGAGCAGAGAAAGCAGGGAACGCUCUUCGUCUCCGUGGCACAGUCCGACUGAGGGGGGUCGAAGGAUGCUGGAGAGGUCACCUGCUGCUGCUGAGUCUCCAGGUCCUCCAGCAGAAAGAAGCCAUGAAUCGGUGGGUCGAAGCCCACCGACCCAUCUUCUGGUUAGGGACAGCAGUACUUUCAGCCUGGGUGACGGUGGAUCACAUUCAAGGCACUCUGGCCACAGUUCGCCCAGGGAGGAGUCAUCGCCUUCAGCCACCUCCCCUUCAUCUCAGUCUUCAAUCUCACCCGGGCCCAAGAGCUUCUACCCCCGUCAGGGAGCUCAGUCCAAAUACCUGAUUGGCUGGAGGAAACCGGGCUCCACCAUCAACUCUGUGGACUUUGGAGACACACGGAAGAAAUCUCCAGGGGAAAGUGGAGAAGGGGCCCCAAGCCCAACCGCAAGGCCGACUCUUAGAGACAUGCACUCCCCCCAGGCUCACGCGAAAUCUACUGUGGAGGAAGAUCUGAAGAGACACCCUGCUCACGACACUCCACCCCCUCCACGAAAACACAAGGAAAAGCACGGCCAGAAGUCCCCUCCCAGCCAGCCGCUCAGCCGCCGCCGCUCGCUGCACCGCACACUGUCAGACGAGAGCAUCUAUCGUGGUCAGCGGCUGCCCUCCCUCAGCGACUCCAUCACUGAGCCCAACCUCAGUACGGAUGUCCUGUUCAGCUGCUCCACCCUUCCUCGCUCUCCCACCACUCGGGGAGUGCCCCUCAGACGGCCUUCCUAUAAGCUAGGAGUCAAACUCCAUGGGGAUCUUUCAGCAUCUGACACAUCAUUGGUGGAUUUGGUGGAGCGUCAUCGGGGACCCCUCCCUCAGGAACUGAUGCCCCUCCCAUCUUCAGGUAGAGACAGUCCUCUUGAGUGGACUCACCUGGUGGAUGUGGCCAGUACCUUCGAGAAUGAGAGAAACACACAUUACAUCCAGAGAAGUUAUGUGUUUGGGGAUUCAAACCACCGAAGCAGUGCAGCAUCCAUACCUCAGCACAUCGAGCUGCAGCCUGCGCCACUGUCACGACCCUCAUCCAGUGAGGGUCACAUAGGGCUUGAGAGGAAGGUGACCAAGCUGGAGGCCAUGGUGAAGAUGCUCCAGGAGGACCUGAAGAAGGAGCGGGAAGAAAAAAUACGACUUCAGUCUCAGAUCAAGAGGCUCUGGGAGGACAACCAGAGACUUCAGGAGGAGUCCCAGACAUCUGCUGCCAAGCUCAAGAAGUUCACAGAGUGGGUCUUCAACACCAUUGACAUGAACUGAGCUGCUGCACUCACAGCUCAUCUGCACACAGUUUAGAAGAGGCAGACGGGGAACCUCUAAACCCCUUCUGCAUUCUUCCAUUGGUCUGAUAUCCCCUCAACUUCUUUGAACUUUCCUGUUAUGUUUGGAGGAUGAAAUUUGUGGAACUCAUUUCUACUUGUUUGCCUUCCCCUAUUUCAUUCAAUGGCCAAACAGAUCUCCUCCUCCUCAUUCUCAAGAUGUUGACUUUCGCACUUAUUCCACUGGAUUGAAAUGAAGAACCGUCUCCUUUGUGGCGCUCUCCUCCUUUCAGACCAACGUUUGGCCUUUUACACAUCGAUUUGUUCAUUUUCCUUCUCCCACUUCUUUUAAAACAUCUUUCACCUGCUCUGAAAAAGCAAACCUUGUUUGUGCCAAAUCAAAGAAGCCUCAGCAGGGAGUCGCUCAGGCACCCCUUCUUAAAAGAGGACAACUUAAACGCCACACAGACGUGCGUCACAGAUCUGCUGCAGCAGCAGACAACUACACAUAUAUCUAAAUCCACAACAUAGUUCAAGAGAGAUGCUUCAACUGCAUGUUAAAGGUUGAAUCUGUUUUUUUGUUCUUUGCAUCUAAAAUGUCUGGACGUCCAGCUUCAGUCAUGUUUAUCUUCCGUUUUACCCCCCCUUCAUUCAGAUCUUUUUUUAUACACACUAACACCUGAAACAGGAGUGUAUUAAAAGCCAUUGGCAAGCAGUGCCAUAAAACCAAGACUGAUCCAGUGCUAAUCGGUCCAUCUCAGUUCUACGUGUCUUAAAAGCAAUAGGAAGAAGCCCGGACUUCUGGGUUUGUCUGAAAAGAACCUCGAGUCGAGAAAAAUAAACACCCAAUAUGGAUAUUGUAUGUUUGCAAGAACGAAAAGCUGCACAAGAGCCUUCAUCCCCUUCCUCUACGAAAAAGGAAAAUAAGGACUCAUCAUCUCACUGCCUGAACGAGGAGAGCCGGCUGAUUUUAAGAUAACGGACACUUUUUGGCUGGAAUGAAGGGAGUCUUUUUAAUCCCACGUUAAUUUAUUUCCUUGUAUUAUAAUUCCAAUAAAUGAGUUGUUCUAUUCGUACAGUACAACUGAUAUUAGUGUUUAGUUCUUAAAGACUAAUGUUCAAUAGUUAUAUUAUUUAAAUGGCUUUCUUUUCCUAACUUUACCUAAAGCCUGACUAUAUGCUUUUUAUUCUGCAUUUUGUUGUAUUCGUGGUGCCCAAGCCUGCUGUUGUGUUGCUUACAGUGCCAUCUAGUGGUGACCAGUGAAAACGUCAUGAUUUGUAAAUGUGCUGCAUACCACCUGUAUUUUUUUCUUUAAUUAAUUUUUCCCCCCAAUGCUUCUUGAUUUGAGUCAAAAAAAAAAACUCUUAGAAAUAGAAUGAGAAUAAUAAGCAGCUAGCAGUAAGAGACAAUCAGAGGUAGAUUUUUAUUUAAACAAAAAGGAGCAGAAUUAGUGUAGAUGUGUCUGUAUUUGUGCAUUACGUCUACAGUUUUCCUCAGGUUCAAGGGGACAAAAUAUUGUCAGAAAGUACAUUUGCACAUGGUAAAGAGUAUAUGUUCUAAGGAUGUGAAACGUGUUGCCAUAGUGAGAAUGUCCAUAAGUCUACCCAGUCGUGCCUACAGUACACUUGUUUUAGGUCAAUUACUCGCAGGCAGAACAGGGACGUGCCUUUGAAACAGCAUCAGGGGAGCAGAUAAAAGGGAAAGCCUCUUGAUCUUCAUCUGGAUACUGUAACACCCCAUUUUCUUUUUGUUAAAACCCCCUUCACACGGAUUUUAGUUCGCUGUCGUGAGGCAUUAAAUGUGUCUGAGGCAAGGAGGCAGGUCAGUAAAGUGAGACACGGUGUUUUCACACACAUUUUUGGAUAUGUGUGCCUUCACAUUCCUUUUAGUGGUGGGGAAAUUCCGACACACAAACCUAGAAGUAAAUAUUAGCGGACAGUCUGCCUAUAAACAUAAAGAAGGUAAAUAAAGAGUCACAAUGAAACCCUGAUUUUACCCUACUUUGUUAAAACGGUAGAUUUGUGUCAUAACAUUAGGAAACCAUGAUAAACCUAAAACCAUAUGCUUUAAAUUUAAAAGCAAACAAAUCUGUAAAUUAAAAAGCCUGCCACAUCCAUGGUUCCAUUAGACUGCAUAUCUUUACAUUCAUGAUGCUGAUAUUCAGUCAAAAUGUGUCAUUUUCUUCAGCAGGAUUAACUUCAUCUUGACUUAUCUGCAUUACAAUUGAUCCCUAAAUCCACCAGAUGGCGAAAAAUCUCACUUUUCAGCUUUAAAGCAGAAUUUUGACUGUUUUGGGUCAAAACUGAAAAGUAGGACUAGUUUUGAAUAAAUACACACUGACCAAAGGUUUAUUUUCCCUGUGAAGAAAAGUGAUGCUUCACCCAAUACUUUCUAUUCUGGGUGAUUUGAUAGUACAUGACCUGUACUCAUUGGAAAGGUGUCUUUUUAAUCCAUUUAUUCCAUCUCCUGACAGAUGACCAGGUACAGUUUGAUCCUCUCUAACCUUUAAACAAAUAAAGGCUUUAACAACGAAAAAAAUGAGCCAGUUUAAGGAAACUUCUAUUAUAAAAGCAGUGUUUAUUCUCAUUUAUAACUUUAAAUUAUGGCAUAGUGCUCGAGACUAAAAGCUGAAACUGAAUCAAAAGAAUAUUUAAAGUGUGCACAUAUUUAAAGAAAAUAUGUUUCCAUCUUAAAAAAUGUGUUUUGCAGCUAAGGAACACAGACGGAUGACAUGUUAAUGGGGUAGUUCCUGAACGUGCCACUAAAAGCUGGUAAUUUCACAUGUGUUUACCGUCGCUGUAUUUCUACACCCAGAUUUGAUCUCAAAAUGCCUGAACUUUCUUAGUAGAGAUGUAUGAUUGUAGAGUUGACCACCCUGCAGUGUUUACCAUAGAUUUAGAGAAACAUGAAUGUAGAACAAAGCAAGCUUAAAGAUAAGAGAUGUUUUCUAAUAACCAACACACCAAUAGAGAGAGGACUCUCAGCAUCACUAUCGGUUCUGUUUUAAGAAUCUUGUCCAUCUUUAACAGCUAUAAUCAUACCAGUAGAUAAUUAGCAUUUCUUCUGAUUUAAACAGUUUUAUAUGAUAUUGAAAUAAGCCCGUGGGAAAUUCUUGAUCUACAAAGAUUAAUCUUUAUUCAAACCUCCAUGUUUAAUAAUCAGUGGCAUCAUUCGUUUCAUUACUGUACCUGGUUUUUCUAAUGAAGAAUGACAUUAUGUAAACCUGUAAAGUUUUUUUUUUGUGUGAGAGAGAAUGUUGAAUUAUUUUACUCAUUUGCUUUCUUUGUUUAGUUUUUUUUUUUUGCUUAACUGAUGUAUAUUUGAAAUGUGAAUGUAAAGAUGUUUCGGUCCAUUUGGUGAGAUCUGUUAUGGAGAUCCUUUGCACAGUGUUCACAUGUUUCGGAUAUAAGAAGGGUUGUUUUUCUUUCCAGUGCAAUUUUGUCUAGAUUUUGCCGUGCAGCUCCCGUCCAUCAAUAGAGAUGCUUAAUUUUAUUCCCUUCAUAAAAAUAAAAUCCCUUAUUUUUUUCACCCUGAAUGCACCACUGAUCAGGUGGCAAAAGGGAAGAACAGACGGGAUGUUGCAUGUUUCGUCGGGAUGCUUGUCACGCACAGCUUGAGAGUUCAGUGACUGCAGCAGGAGAGGGAGGAUACUUAAUGCUCAGAGAUGCAGGCGGCGCUGCUUUGUCAGCUCGCUCCUCUUCCAAGAGCAAACUUAGCUGUAUGCUGAUCAGCUCCCACAGCAUGAAGAGGGGACCAGAAGUUUUACACGAUUGAUAAAAAAUAUAUAUAUAUACUGUUUACAUCCCAGAUUCAUUGUCUUUGUAAGAUGUAAAAGUAUGACCAAGACAUUUGCAGUGAUCAAAGUAUUAAAAGUUUCUGAAAUAAAUAAA